UGGGGUUUCAAGUGAAAUAAUUGCUUUAUUUUGUUAAUAUGAACCAUAGACUAAAAACAAGUUUGAUGUGGAUAUUUUAAACAAACUGUUCAAAAGAGUCGAUUCACAUAAAUGAGUCAGAUUCGUGUGAGAGAGGAACACAAUCGACAUCAUCGAAGAGCGACUAAAGGAGGCGUGAUUCGUAUGCGACGCAUCUCGCGCAUGUCUACUGUUGAACCAAGGCAGAAGGUUUAAAGAAAGAUUAAUAACUCAAUCGUUCAAAACCAUUUGAUACACAGACAGAGCCUAACUGCGUGCCCAAGAGGGCCUUGCAUUCAACAUGUAUCACAACAGCUCUCAGAAGAAAUUCUGGACUUACGAGAAAGAGGAAAACCUGGAUAAAUUAAGACUAGAAGCUAAUCGGAAGUUUUGUUUAAAAGGCAUGUCUAGUGGUAAGCCUGGAAUAAAUGAAUCCAUGUUUCUUGAUGAACAAGAAGAGAAAGUGCUUUUCAGACACUAUGAAAAUAGACUGCUAGAAUUCUGCGCCAUGUUCAAGCCUGCGAUGCCUAAAACUGUUGUGGGCACAGCUUGCAUGUAUUUUCGAAGAUUCUAUUUGAACAACUCUUUAAUGGAGUAUCACCCUCGGACAAUAAUGUUGACCUGUGCGUAUCUGUCGUGUAAAGUGGAUGAGUUUAAUGUGUCCUGCACUCAGUUUGUGGGGAACCUUCAGGAGAGCCCAGCAGGACAGGAGAGGGCUCUAGAACAGAUUCUGGAGUAUGAGCUGCUGCUCAUCCAGCAGCUCAGUUUUCACCUGGUUGUUCACAAUCCUUAUCGACCCUUGGAGGGCUUUCUAAUUGAUCUGAAGACCAGAUACCCAUUGUUAGAAAACCCAGAGAUGCUGAGAAAGAGUGCAGAAGACUUCCUCCACAGAGCAGCAAUGACGGAUGCCGGGCUCCUCUUCUCUCCGUCUCAGAUCGGCCUCACUGCCGUCCUCAACAGUGCUGCACGUGCUGGCCUCAAGAUGGAGGCAUAUUUGACCGAAUGCAUGGGGCUUAAGGAGGAUAAAGAGACCCUCUCAAAGAUGUAUGAGUCAAUGAGACGAAUAACUAGUCUUAUUAAAGCAUAUGAGCUUCCCAGAGCUGAGGAGGUCAAUACCUGCAAACAGAAACUGGAAAGGAUUCAUGCUGAAUUUGCCACAAACUUGAAAAGAAAACAUGGAUAUGAAGAUGAUGAUCACGUCGUGAAAAGGCAGAUGGUUGCUGAUGAAGAGUGGACUGAUGAGGAUUUGGAUGCAUUGUGAUGAUGAAAUAGUUUUUUAAAUUGGCAACAUCCUCAACAGUUAUUUCAUUGAACAGUUUUGAGUUAUUCCUAUUGCCAUCAGUGACGGAGGAUGCAAUUGUCAAACUAGAUUUGUAAAUAUUUCAGCAAAAGUCUUCUGUAAAAAUAAAAAAAAAUAUUUUUUUAUUGUUCACAAUUGUUGGGUUAUUUUAUUAACACAAUAUUACCAAGAGCAUAGUGCAUUUACAGUACUGUUCAAAAGCUUGGGGUCAGUAUUUAAUGUUUUUUAAAGAAAUAAAAGCUUUUCAGCAAGGAAGCGUUACAUUGAUCAAAAGUGACAGUAAAGACAUUUAUGCUUCAAAAGUAUUAAAAAAAAAGUAUCAUAGGUUCCACAUAAUGGUUUUCAGCUGACAAAAAAUAAUAAUAAAAAAUUUCAACAAAUGCAUAUUAAAAUGAUUUCAAAAGGCUCAUGUGACACUGAAGACUGGAGGAAUGGCUGCUGAAAAUUCAGCUUUGUCAACACAAGAAUAAAUUACAUUUUAAAAUCCACUGGAUGAGCAAGAAUUGCCUGCAAUUUCAAUUACUGCUGUAACAUUUGUACUUUUUUCAGCCUUUUAAGUUUUCUGGGUUUUGCUCAAUUGAUACAUCACAAAUGCUGUUGAUAACCAUAAUAAUGGUCCUUUAUUCAAAACCAAGAACUGAAAACAGACGACAACUCGGAAGUCUUAUUUUCAAAAGCCAUUUGCAUGAGCUGAUCUGAGACAGUCAGUACUUUAUAAAACAUUUUUAAUAAGUGCAUGCAGUCCUGAUACAAUCUGUACUAAAUUUUACUGCUGUAAACUUUUAUUUUUUUUUACCUUAAAUUUUCUCCUGAGAAUGUGUCUGGCUUUGAAUGCGUCUCAGGGAAGACUGAACCAAUCAAACAUUGUACAAUAUGGAAAACAAAUCCGGUUACCUCAAAUUAUAUACUCAUGAAUCCAGCAAAAGAAUUUAUUGUUCUGAAGUAAAAUAAUCAUACUCUCUGAGGAUGAU